UGAUAAUAAAUAUUUGAUGAUAGACGCUAAGAUACACUGGAUCUUCAAUAGGGCGUUGUAUUAGAUGCUUAGUUACAUGUUUUUCGUACAAACAUGUUGCAGGGAUAAUUCAUUUUCUUGCUAAGUUGCGCCUUAACUUGACACGGCAUGGCGAAGAAAGGAAAAGGCGAUAAGAAAAAGAAGAAAGGGGGUGGUAAAGUGGCCAAAAAACAGUCCAAUCAGUCAACACAGCAAGCAGAUGGAAACAAUGGUAUGUCGGACGAAGAACUAGCUAAACUUUUGGAAUUAAAGAAAUUAUACUGGCAGGAAAUGCAUCGACAAGCAGUAUUUUUGGAUAUGUCACACAACAUGUCGAGACCGUGGAUUGAAUCUUACUUUCAAGUUAUUCCUCGACUUGUUUAUGGAAUUCCAAUCGGUCCCAAAGAAGAAGGCGGUGGAGGUAAAGGAAAAAAGGGGAAGAAAGGGAAAAAGAAAUAGAAUUUUUAUUUGCUAUAUCUACCGCAUAUGAUUAUUACUGUAUUACAUAUCUUAUUACCUCAGA